AUGCCACUUCAAGUGAUCAGAAUUGGUAAAAUCAAAUGUACGAAUGGUCGAAAGAAGUCAAAACUGGUGGGUGUUAAGCGAGAAGAGAGAGCGAAACGUCUCCUUCUAAUGGGAAUGCUUUUGCAGAAGGAGAAAGAUCUCGAACUAGCAGCAAAAAUUGGACAGUCACUUUUGGAGCAAAAUCGCGAACUACAAAAUAGAAACGAUUUUCUUGAAGAAUCGUUGAAUGCCAGCAACGAAACCGUUGUACAGUUACGGCAUGAACUUCAGAUGCGUAUCAAUCUGUUGCACGUUUACGCUGAUUAUGACGACUACAAUGAGGCAUUGCAUUUCGAAGGAUAUUCGAAACUACAUUUUAUCACUUCUUUAUUUAUCUCCUUCAUUUCGAAACUAUCUAUCUCAUCGGUUUAUUGA